AUGCGUUACUCAGUCCCUCUCAUGGCGGCUCUCGCCGCCAGUGCUACAGCCACCGCUCCCCCACAGAAGCGCGCUGAGAAGCUCUUCACCCUCGAGACCGCCGCCGGUGAGACCGUCGAAGUCACCGAAGAUGAAAAGUUCCAGAUGAUCGACGACCACAUCCACUUUUUCGACAUCACAGAAUGGAAGGACCACAGCCCAGCAUCCAGCCUCAUGGCCCUCACCCCCUCCUACCCCACCAAACUCUCCCACCAAUCCAACGUCGCAAAGAUGGUCAGCAAAGUCAAGACCAAGACCAUGGAGAAGCAACUCAAGAAAUUCUCCUCCUUCCACAACCGCUACUUCAACUCUCGCUACGGUGUUGAGGCUGCGCAGUGGCUGCACAAGGAAGUUGAAAAGGUCAUCAAGAAGAGCAAGCACCCUCUUGCUUCAGUCCGUCUUAUCCAGCACCAGGCUUGGUCGCAACCUUCUAUCGUUGUUUCUAUUCCUGGAAAGGUGAGACUUAAGACUGUUGUUACUGGAUCGCAUCUUGAUUCGGUUAUUUCUAAUGACCGUGGUGCGGGUCGUGCACCUGGUGCUGAUGACAAUGGCUCUGCAUCCAUUAUGCUUCUCAACCUUCUUGGAGCCUUCCUCGAGGAUGAGCGCAUUGCCAAGGGUGAUCAUCUCAACACUGUUGAGUUCCACUGGUACUCUGCCGAAGAGACCGGUCUUCUCGGUUCUCAAGACAUUUUCAACAGCUAUUCCCGUCUCGGCAUUCAAGUCGAGGCUAUGCUGAACCAGGAUAUGGUCGGCUACAAGGGUCGCGACGGCAUCGAGCGAUUCGGUCUUGUCACCGAUUUCACAAACGCUGCUCAGAAUGACUUCCUUAAGCUUCUCAUUGAUGAGUAUGCUGAUAUUUCUUACGAGGAGUCUACUUGUGGCUAUGCUUGCUCUGACCACGCUUCUGCUCACCGAAAUGGUUACCCUUCAUCGUUCUUGUUCGAGACUCCUUUCGGAAACCACAACCCUCACAUUCACACUCCUAAUGAUACCAUGGAGUACGUUGACUUUGAUCAUGUUAUGCAGCAUGCCAAGGUUACUGCUGGUUUUGUUUACGAGUUGGCUCACAAGGACUUUACCGCGUAA